UCAAAAGGAAACCGUUUGCCCUCCAGGAAGGCAGAAAUAAUGGGAAUUCCUUCCAGGUUCAAAUAAGCCCAAAGUGUGCUCAGCUUCAUUUAGAAUAUGUUCAAAGGAGCACUCCACAAAGCAGGGAGGAACGAGUGGGAGUGAAGCCCAACACUGCAGAAGAAGACAGGCAUGUCAUGAAACUGACUAAGGCACUCAACAAAACCAAACUGCUGGAAGCCAGUUUGGAUACAGAAGAAGAAUUCUUAGGAAAGCCAAUUGUAGAAGGCAUUGAGAUGGUGUACAUGCCCCACAUAAAAAAACAGUGGGAAGACCAAAAGAACCACAGCACCAAAAAGAUCCCCACAAGACACCAGGUAAUGGUGACAACUGCUGGCAAUAUGAAAAAAAAUUCAGGAAAAAAGCCUGGAAUGUCCCUGGUUAAAGGAACAGAAUCUGCAGUAACAGUCACUGCAGAUGACCAAAACUCAAAUGAUGUUCAAAGCCCACGGAAAAUCCAUGUUCCCAGUAGUACAACUAAGUCACAGUCUUUUGCUGUCCUAGUCACCAAAAAGCCAACAAGAGUGAGUUCAGCAAAGGCAGCCAACAAGCCAACUCAACCAGAAAAAAUGGGUUUUCCAAAGGGUCAAAGAACAUUCAGCACAAGCCUUUCUGCCUUCUCCCAAGAUGCAACAUGCAAGCCCAGGACUCAUGUCGUUUUCCUUAAAGUGCAUAAGAGUGCCAGCAGCACUGUGAUGAACAUCUUGUUCCGUUUCGGUGAGACUCACAACCUCACCUUUGCUUUGCCAAUCAAUGGCGCCAGUCAGCUGCGUUACCCCCAUUAUUUCACAGUGGCAGCUGUAGAAGGAUUUGUUCCAGGCAAAGAUUCCCAGUUUAACAUCAUGUGUCAUCACAUGAGAUUCUUUCAACCAGAGGUUGGCAAAGUCAUGCCAAACACUACAUUUUACUUUGCCAUUCUGCGCAAUCCAGUUCAUCUCAUGGAAUCUUCUUUCACUUACUACAAAGGGACAUCCUCAUUUGUCAAAGCCAACAAUCUAGAGGAAUUUAUUGACCAGACAUCUCAGUUUUAUAAUGCCUCAGCCAAGGAUAGCCAUUACGCCAAAAAUCUAAUGACAUUUGAUUUUGGAUUUAACCACAAUGGAAACUUCUCAGUGAAGCAUGUCCAACUCAUGCUGAGACACAUUGAGGCAGAAUUUGACCUUCUCCUCAUUUCGGAGUACUUUGAUGAGUCCAUGGUGCUGCUGAAGGAGCUCCUGUGCUGGGACUUGGAUGACGUGGUCUCCUUUCCUCUCAACAGCAGACACAACAGCACCAAAAUCCAUCUUUCAGAUGACACCACAGAGAAGAUCAAGAGUUGGAACAAGCUGGACUGGGAACUCUAUGUGCAUUUCAACAGAACUUUCUGGGAGAAGAUUGACUGGCACAUUGGCCGGGAGCAUAUGCAGCAGGAAGUGAGGGCACUGCAGCAGAAACGUGAACAGCUGGCCAAAGUUUGCCUUCAGGAAGGUGGUAGCAUAGCCCCAAAGAACAUUAGGGACCAGUCAUUGGCACCACUGCAGUAUGGCAAUGCAAAAAUCCUGGGCUACAACUUGAAAAAUGGCCUUGAUAAGGCAACAAAGCAAAUGUGUCGGCGCUUGGUGACACCUGAACUUCAGUAUAGCAAAAUCCUAUACAGGAAACAGUUUCCCAAGAAAGCUUUGAGGCUCAGCAAACCAGCUCGUUUGCCAAAGCUAUACAAUCGCAGGACAGUUUGAAAACAAAUCAACAAGAGACAUUUUAGUUAAGUUUUUAAUCUGCAUUGUUACACCAUCAGGACAAGCCUGUUGACCUGGACAAAGAAUGGGGAGGGGGGGGAAGACUGGUUAUAGAACAUCUCCCAUCAUGGUAGUAAAAAUGCACAACCAACAAAUGAAAUAACUAUUUACUGCUGUUCCUUGGCAUCCAAUAUCUGAUUUUGGAGAGUGCUGCCCCACUCAGCAUAAUCAUAAUGCCCACCUUGACACUUGCAUUCAAAUGCUCAUGCAGAUACAUGCAAACACA